AUGGCCUCUUUAUACAGUGCUGUAUCCUCACGCCAAUUUCAGAGUGGAAGAGGUUUUCUUGAAAAACUCGAGCUGAAGCCGGGUGACAAAGUAAUAGACAUGGGCUGUGGUACAGGGGAACUGACAAAAUACAUCGCAGAGCAAGUGGGAGAUAUCGGCGAAGUGAUUGGUGUUGACCCAGACAGUGCAAGAAUUGAAUUCUCCAAAGAGAAUACAAAGCCCGUUUGCAACGUACGUUUUCAUGAAGGCGACAGCAAAUCUGGAUUUCCGUACCAGGAUGAAGCUCACUACGACCUUCAUUUCAGUAAUUAUGUUUAUCAUUGGCUGCGUGAUGAAGAGAAAGUGAACUACGUUAAUUUGGCUUCCCGAUGUCUCAAACCAGGAGGCCUGAUUGCCAUUCAGUGUCUCGCUGCAUCAGGCGAGGCCACAAUUGAUAGCAUGAGUAGGUCAGCAAAUGUCAGCGUAGUUGAUUCACAAGCUACGAGAGAGCUGCUGCAUGAUUGUGGGUUUACUGAUAUAAAUAUAAUGACAAUUCCGAAGACAUUUUACUUUAACUCUUUCGAGGAUUUUGGCGGGUUUUUUCUCGCGACAACGCACAAAAAAAUUGAAGAGCUUGGGGAUAAAUUAUGGCUGGAAGAAUUCAAGAUGAAAUCAAUCCAGAAAGACGGAAGAGCAAAGUUUGAAAUGAAAAUACUUCAAAUACAAGGCCGAAAAUAA